UCACAGCUGAGGAUGAGUUUGUGAUGCAGCGUUCUCCACCUGCGAGUGGCAUCCCUGGUUUCUAUCCUCCUGGAUACGAUUACAGCAAUGGGAAAUAUGAAAGCUGCGACAAUGGAACUGAUGGAGAAGGCAGUUUAUUGUCAAGUUCACCGCCUGCGUCCAACCAUGGAAUGAUGGCUGCUUCUCCUGAAAGUGUUGCUCAUUUCGAACCUGAACAGCAGCCCGUGAAACCGCAGCAGCACCAUCAGUUCCAAGACUCCGUUGGCAACUCUCGCCAUGGCCAUCGUCAGCAUUUCUCCUCCCCUGGAAUCGUUUCUCCACCUCCUCAACCACCACUUUCUCACCCGCCUUUACCAUCGGCUCCACCGCCUCAACCAUCGCAUCACCUGCACCACUUGCACCAUCACCACCUCCACCACCACCACGGGCACCAUCACCACCAUCAUCAUCAUCCUCAGCCACAUUACUCUGCGGACGUGCCGCCACCUGACGGCAGGACGCGGAACUCACCCAAGGAUCGAAGGCUCGAGGUCAACGGCAACAAAACACCGAUAAACAGGCCAAAACAAUUCGAUGCCUGUGGGGAUGAACCUUCCCUGUAUAGAAAAGAUGGCGUCUUCUUAACCGGAGCUGAAAAGAAAAAGAGAGCGACAUCUAGUCAUGACAAACGCAGGUGA